GGCUUAGAUGUUUAAAUCGAGCAUUUGAUGAGCAAAAAUGCUGUUUAUGCAGACAGCUCACUACAUUUUGAGACCGCCAUAAUGCUUUUCGAUUUAUCAGCAGAUUCAGAACUCGUGUAUUGACUUGUGGUGCUGAAGAGUAGGCUACUUGAGUAUUUUUGCUAUUUAUAUUGCGCAACAUCGACGUUUAACCACAGCUCAGCCGGAUUUUAAAAGCCGUGGGCUUUUGGAGGACUGAAUAUUUGAAAAUAGUUUCCCCACUUUCCCCAAUAGAUUAAACGUCCUCAAAGGUUUCAGAUCCAUAUCUGACACCACGCCUCAUAAAUAUUGGAUGGCUUCUGUAAUAUUAACAAUUGAUGUCCUCAGUUUAAGUUUUCAAAGCGGAGUCGGAGUGUUCUCGCUGAGGGAGGGCAAGAGGAGGUCCAGUCAGACUCUACCUGCCGAUCAAACGCGCGCUGUCUCCUCAGGUGCGCGAGGGGGUCAGACUCAAACGGACCGACGAUGCUCGCUCUGCCAAAAUUGUAAGGAAAGCCAGAUUUCUGCGCCGGUUUGCUGGGUUAUAUUAAACGUGUGACGCCUGAGACGAGUGAGACACAGGUUUUGGAGUCAUUUGAAGACUUAUCUCAAACUCCAGAGGAGCUGCAAUGGCAUCGAUCGGGGAGUUUGAUCCGUUAAACAGCAGCGUACCUGCCACCAAAAUAGAGAUUACCGUCUCGUGCAGGAAUUUGCUGGAUGUGGAUACGUUCUCAAGGUCAGCGCCAGUGGUUGUGUUGUAUGUUCAAGGAAUUGGUACUAAGGAGUGGAGAGAGUUUGGUCGAACAGAAGUGAUUGACAACACUCUCAACCCGGACUUUGUGAGGAAGUUUGUCCUGGAUUACUUCUUUGAAGAAAAGCAGAACCUUCGGUUUGAUGUUUACAAUGUGGACUCCAGAAGCUCAAACAUCUCAAAGCAUAAGGUACAAGCUGUAAAUGAGUGUAAUUUAUCCAUUGCUUGUUUUCUGUCAUGCCAAAAAUAGUUACAAAGAGAAUGCAAUUUGUUUUUUGAGUUCUCAUUCUUUGAAAAAAAAAGAAAAAAAAGCCCAGACCCUCUGCAUCUUUUAAAUCUGCAUGAAAGAGUCUGUCGUAGUCCUCAAAGUCUCGUCUUGUUUUUCUGUUGUUUUUCUCUCUCUCUUUUUUUUUUUUUGCUCGCUUUUUUGUAUGCAUUUCCAUGUCAUUGAUUCACCCCUUCC